CAACUACGAAGCACCUUCCUCUUUAGGUCUACAAGGUCAACGACGUGUCGAAGGGCUGCUCCAGACCCCCUUCGUUUUCCUCCUAACUUUCCUCGCUCCUCCCCUGCACCAUCGUCUUCAAUGGCGUCCCACUUCCCUUGCAGCCGCAUUAAUACUCGCUAAGAUUUUGCACUUCACAAAUCUCACGAGACCUCCGUCUACUGCUUCGUCUUUUGAAGGUCCACAGAAGUCGGAUUUGCAGGCUUAGAAGGCCAAGCAAUCCUUUGAUCGAAUCAAAGUUGUUUGGUUCCGUUUCCUUCUUUCCUUUUUUUUUUUUUUUGAAUCUUCCGCAGUCAGGUUUGGUCUCCAGCUCGAUUCACUGUUCAGAUCGAAGCUUUUAGUAACGUUUCUCCACGUCCGAUUUGGUUGGAUUGUAGAAACCUCAGGAUCUACUCGUGUUUUGCUGAUCCUCCUCGAGCUUGGUUCCGCGCUUGAGAUUAGGUCGGGUCAGGGCUUCUUCCGUGUACAUAGAAGUUGCCAUUUGUUAGCUGAGUAGGAGUGAGGAGGUGGUUAGGAGACAUGGACAACUAUCUGAAGGAGAACUUCGGAGAUGUGAAGGCGAAGAACUCGUCGGAAGAGGCGCUCCAGAGGUGGAGAAGGGCGUGCUGGUUGGUGAAGAAUCGGAAACGGAGGUUCCGGUUCACGGCCAACCUGUCCAAGCGAUCAGAAGCUGAGGAUAUUCGUCGCACGUUUAAGGGAAAUUUUAGGGUUGCUGUCAUAGUUUCACAGGCUGCACUUCAGUUCAUCCAAGGCCUGAGUGAUUACAAAGUACCUGAAGAUGUCAAGGCUGCAGGAUUUCAAAUUUGUGCAGAAGAAUUAGGAUCCAUUGUUGAGGGCCACGAUCCGAAAAAACUAAAAAGUCAUGGGGGAGUUGAAGGUAUUGCAGACAAGCUCUCGACAUCAGUUACCAAUGGUAUUUCUACUUCUAGAGAUUUAGUCAUUAGAAGGAAGGAGAUCUUUGGAAUUAAUAAAUUUGUGGAGAGCCCAACCCGUGGAUUCUGGUUCUUUGUCUUGGAAGCUCUCCAAGACAUGACUUUAAUGAUACUUGCAGUUUGUGCCUUCGUCUCUCUAAUUGUUGGUAUAAUUAUGGAAGGCUGGCCUAAGGGUGCUCAUGAUGGACUUGGAAUUGUGGCUAGCAUUCUGCUUGUUGUAUUUGUGACCGCCACGAGUGAUUAUAAACAAUCUCUGCAGUUUAAGGAUUUGGAUGCAGAGAAGAGAAAAAUUACAGUUCAGGUGACCAGAAACGGUUAUAGACAAAAACUAUCUAUAUAUGAUCUUCUUUCAGGCGAUAUUGUCCAUCUUAACAUUGGGGAUCAAGUGCCAGCUGAUGGACUUUUUAUAACCGGGUAUUCCCUCUUGAUAAAUGAAUCUAGUUUAACUGGGGAGAGUGAACCUGUCCAUGUUAGCGUCGAUAAUCCUUUUCUUCUCUCUGGAACGAAAGUUCAGGAUGGAUCAUGCAAGAUGCUUGUGACCACUGUUGGAAUGAGAACACAGUGGGGCAAACUAAUGGCCACUCUAAAUGAAAGUGGAGAUGAUGAAACCCCACUGCAAGUCAAACUCAAUGGUGUGGCCACCCUCAUCGGGAAAAUUGGCCUAUUCUUUGCUGUUAUAACCUUCGCUGUGUUAGUGCAAGGAUUGUUCACCCGAAAGUUGCAAGAAGGAUCACACUGGUCCUGGUCUGGGGAUGACGCAAUGGAAAUGUUGGAGUUCUUCGCAGUUGCAGUUACAAUUGUCGUUGUUGCUGUUCCUGAAGGGUUGCCAUUAGCAGUGACAUUGAGCCUUGCUUUUGCAAUGAAGAAGAUGAUGAAUGACAAGGCACUGGUCCGCCAUCUUGCUGCUUGUGAAACAAUGGGAUCGUCCACGACAAUAUGCAGCGACAAGACUGGAACACUUACUACUAACCACAUGACUGUUGUGAAAGCUUGCAUUUGUCAGAAAACUAAGGAAGUCUGUAGCCCUGAGGAAGCUCUCAGUCUCUGCUCUGAAAUUCCCGAUUUUGCCAGGGGAAUCCUACUUCAGUCGAUAUUUACUAAUACAGGGGGAGAAGUUGUAAACAGCGAGGAGAAAAAAUAUGAAAUACUGGGAACACCCACUGAAACAGCUAUUUUGGAAUUUGGCUUGAAGCUCGGAGGAGGUUUCAACGCAGAAAGGGAAAAAUCAACAAUUAUAAAGGUUGAACCCUUCAAUUCUUUGAAGAAGAGAAUGGGGGUGGUAAUAGAGCUCCCUGAAGGAGGUCGCAGGGCUCAUUGUAAAGGUGCUUCUGAAAUUAUUUUGGCUGCAUGUGACAAAGUCAUAGACGCAAAUGGGGAUGUGGUUCCCCUUGAUGUUUCUUCAAUGAACUAUCUGAAGGAAACAAUUGAAGAAUUUGCUAAUGAAGCUCUUCGAACUCUAUGCCUUGCUUACAUGGAGGUUGGGAAUGAUUUCUCUCAAAAAGAUGCUAUUCCUACCCGGGGAUACACUUGUAUAGGAAUUAUUGGCAUUAAAGAUCCCGUUCGUGCCGGUGUCAAGGAGUCCGUUGCGAUUUGUAGGUCUGCUGGAAUUGUCGUCCGUAUGGUCACUGGAGACAACAUAAACACAGCUAAGGCAAUUGCUAGAGAGUGCGGGAUCUUGACUGAUGAUGGUAUAGCAAUUGAGGGGCCAGAGUUCCGUGAAAAAAGUGAUGAGGAACUGCUUGAGCUGAUUCCUAAAAUUCAGGUGAUGGCUCGAUCUUCUCCAUUGGACAAGCAUAAACUUGUGAAACACUUGAAGAAUACUUUUGGAGAAGUGGUUGCAGUGACAGGUGAUGGAACUAAUGACGCUCCGGCACUUAAAGAAGCGGAUAUUGGGCUGGCAAUGGGCAUUGCUGGAACUGAGGUUGCAAAGGAGAGUGCUGAUGUGAUCAUCCUAGAUGAUAACUUCUCCACAAUUGCGACAGUGGCUAAAUGGGGCCGUUCUGUCUAUAUAAACAUUCAGAAGUUUGUCCAGUUUCAGCUGACAGUCAAUGUGGUUGCCUUGAUCGUUAACUUCUCUUCAGCAUGUUUAACUGGGAAUGCUCCCUUGACUGCUGUACAGCUUCUGUGGGUCAACAUGAUUAUGGACACUCUGGGAGCCCUUGCGUUAGCAACAGAACCUCCUACUGAUGACUUGAUGAAGAGGCCACCAGUUGGUAGAAAAGGGAAUUUCAUCAGUAAUGUGAUGUGGAGGAAUAUCUUGGGGCAGUCCUCAUAUCAAUUUGUCAUCAUAUGGUAUCUUCAAACGAAAGGAAAAGAAGCUUUCCAUCUCACCGGUCCAGACUCUAACUUGAUAUUGAACACCAUCAUCUUUAACUCGUUUGUCUUUUGCCAGGUUUUCAAUGAAAUCAGCUCCAGGGAGAUGGAGAAGAUAAAUGUGUUCAAGGGAAUACUGAAAAAUUACGUAUUCGUGGCCGUGCUCACUUGCACCGUUGUCUUCCAAAUCAUAAUCAUUGAAUUCCUGGGAACGUUUGCAAGCACAUAUCCUCUGAGCUUGCAACAGUGGUUUGUCAGCAUCUUACUUGGGUUUCUGGGCAUGCCAGUUGCAGCUGCUUUGAAGAUGAUCCCUGUGGGAUCAGCUUAAUGUAGGUAGAAGAAUCUAACCUUGUGUAAUUUUCGACAAUGAAUCUGGGCCAUAGUUUGGGCCAAGAACUAGGACCUUAUUUUUUAUCACUUUGCUUUCGUUCUUCCUUUCCUGGGUCGUCAAUCUGCGACUUUGUCUGAGCUGACGGUUUUUGAUACUGUAAAUUUUCUGAAGCCACCAAAGUUUAGGGAUCAAGUUACUGAAUAACUGUGAAUUUUGAUAUUCGAUUUCCGACUUUCAUGAA